UUUUUCUUUUGUUGAGGGGAAUGAGUUUGCUUUUUAACUGAAUCGAUUGACUCGUCGACUUUGUACUCUGAUGGCAGGAGCUGACAAAGGAUGAAUUUCUUAAUCGAUUUAUAGUUGUAGUGCUUGGCCUUGAUUGCAAGAAUGAAGAAACUCUUUGCCUUGCCAUACAGCUUGGAUUUUAGAGCAAAAAUUUUCUUCUUCUCUGACCAGUCUUGUAAAGCUAGGUCAAAUUUCUUGAAAAAUCUUCUUAUCUCGAAAUUUCCUUCGGUUCCAUCUAAAUCCGGAAUCGUUUCCAAAAGUAAUUUUUCGAUGUCAGCUUGUGACGCAGUUUCGGAAAGAAAAUUAGCAUUUUGUUCAAUUAGAUAAGUCGAUUGUGGAGCGAUGAAAGAGGGAGGAUGGUAUAUCAUUUGUUGAGGAAGGGCACAGUUUGGAUAAUGAAGCAAAUUUGGGAAGCCAUAGAAUUGGUUAUAAGGAUGCCCUGAUUGUGUAUUGAUGGAAAUAUUCAUUUGAGUUUGAUGGUGAAGAAAAUAUUGAUUCAUAUUUUGAGGUGUAUUUUCCAUUCUUUUGCUGUUUUCCAAACCAAAUUCAAAUUUUAUCCACCGAGGCUAAAAUUUGACACGUAGAAAAUUCAAUCAACCCGUCGAGGGAAAACUGAAUAAGAUUUCUUUUGUAAAAAAAAUCUCAAAAAAAAGUUGUCAAUCCGAAAACUUAUCCCACCGAGGAAUAACUUUCAAACAAAUUUUGUUGUUGGUCUAUCCAGAGACCAGAGUUUCCAAUCAAAUCCAAUAAAUUUGGUCCACCGAGGGCCAAUUGAAGAACAAAAAAUAA